AUGGGGUCGUGUCGUGACACUCGGUCUCCUGGUGGAUCACGUUGUGAUGGGGUCGUGACGUGUACACUCGGUCUCCUGGUGGACCACUUCAGUUUCAAUAUGUUUGGAGAGCCGCUGCAGCCACGGCCUUUCAACACCCACUACCGCUGCUACUCUGUCUCCAUGUUCCCCGGAGACAAGCAAGCUGUGGAGAAAGGUGGCAGAAUUAUUAUGCCCCCUUCAGCUUUGGCUGUCCUAACACGUCAUACUAUUGUGUACCCAAUGCUAUUCAAGCUUACAAACCAACGGGCAAAUAGACACACGCAUUGUGGAGUACUGGAGUUUGUGGCAGAUGAAGGAAAAGUGUAUAUUCCCCAUUGGAUGAUGAGGAAUCUUCUUUUGGGUGAAGGUGAUCUUGUGCAUAUUGAAUCUCAGUCUUUGCCUGUUGCCACUUUCUCCAAGUUGGAACCUCAGAGUGUGGAAUUUCUUGACAUAACAAAUCCUAAGGCUGUCUUGGAAAAUACCAUGCGCAAUUUUGCAUGCUUAACCUUGGACGACGUCAUUGCUUUCAACUAUAAUGACAGAAUAUACGGGAUGCGAGUUCUAGAAGUAAAGCCGGGCAAUGCUGUUAGCAUCAUUGAGUGUGACAUGAAUGUAGAGUUUGCCCCUCCAAUUGGCUAUCAGGAGCCAGAAAGAAUAAAUAGUGCAGCAGCUAUGCCUCUAGAUGACAAAGAGGAAAUGAUUCCUAAACCCACAGGAUUUUAUUCGUUCCAAGGCUCAGGAAACAGAGUGGAUGGUAAAAGGAAAAACCUCGAGUUGUCUCAAGAAGAACUGUUAAAGAGGCUUCCAAGGCAGCGAGGAAUUCCUGAUUAUGAUUAUGAAGUUGGGUCAAUAAAAUUCUGGAGAAAAGCCACUAAAACAAAUGAUGUCGAGACUAAAGUUGAGAAACAAAAGGAAUUCGAGGCUUUCCAGGGUAACGGUACUUCCUUACGAGAAGCUAAACUAGAAAAUAAUAUGUAA